UUGAGCCGAUGUUGAUUUUUCCUCUGCUGUGCAUCGUAGCUGCUGUGUGGGCGAAUUCCGAGUGUAUAUGGGCAAUCGGACGGUUAGUGUGUAACAGAGAACAGAAACGAGUUCUAAAUGCUGUCGUGGAAGUCUGGGAUAAGGAUGGACCACAAAGUAUUCGAGCUAUCGAUGCGCUUGAUCCUGAUGAUAAAGCUGGACUGACAGUUGUGGAUGCCGAAGAUGGCUUGUUCAAGGUAGAAGGAUGUGCUUCUGAUAUUGACUGGUUAGGACCACUUCACAUCAAUAGACCAGAGUUCUACUUCAAAGUCAGGCAUAUGUGCAAUUCAGAAAGAUUAGAGGAGAUGAUCGUAAUUCCACCAAAUAUGAAAGUAUUUGCGCCAAAAACAAUGGAUUAUUUCGUCGAUCACCCAAUAGUUCUUGAUCGGGAAUGACGAGGAUGUUCUGUAAAUAGGGAUUUAGUCUCUGCUUCAUACUUAAACUCUGUGCUAUGUAAAUAUGCUACUUAUUCAACGCGUCUUGAAAGCUACUUCAAUACUCAUCUU